AAUAAUGUAAUGGGGAAGCCUAGCCAAAUAUUAAAACAUCGUCUCCUCAAACUUGUACCACUCUAGCGCUGCUUCUCUUACAAUAUCCACAGGUUAAACAAUAAAGAAGCGCGCAUUCGUAUACAUAAACAUAAACAUAAACAUACAUAGGAUUCAAUUCAAUCUCAAUAAAAGGAAAAAAAAAAAAAGACAGACAAUGGCGAAGUCCAUGGUGAGCGGUGGGAUGAUGACUGCGUUAGCUUUGCUUGUAUCGACCAGUCUCUUAAUUCCGGCCAUCGCCAAAGAACAUGGAAACGAAGGAGCCAUCCAAAUGGGGAUCGGGGGGCACGAAGGACCCGUCCGAGUCGGUAUCGGCGGGGGGCACGAAGAACCCCCGAACCAGGAAGAACAAGAACCCAGAAACAAACACCACUUCCUUGAACCCGACGACAUCGUUCUCUCGGCCUUGGUUCAGUCUACCCUUCCAAAACAUGUAGAGUCGGGUCGAUCUGAGCGGGGAGAGUUCCUCUGGGCUCACAACCGUGUGCGGGCAUACAUGAAGGAACCUCUGUUUACGUGGGACAAGAAGCUGGCGCGGUUCGCACGUAGAUUUGCAGCUGAGCGCGUCAAGGAUUGCCUUAUGAUUCACUCCAAUAAUACUGAAUUGGGCGAGAACAUCUUCUGGGGUGGCACCGCCGUGUGGACAGCCGUGGAUGUGGUGCGUUACUGGGUGAACGAGUGCAUGAACUACGACUCCGUUACCAACCAGUGCCACGAAGGCAGCCUGUGCGGCCACUACACCCAAAUUGUGUGGAGGAACAGCACGCAACUGGGCUGCGCCCUUCGUCAUUGCGAUAAUGGUGGUAUGUUCGCUAUUUGUAACUAUUACCCUUCUGGCAAUUUUGUUGGCGAGAGCCCCUUCUGUUGA